CUCAUUGGCAAUCAUCGACACAGAGUGGGAGGGAGAGGGGGAUAGGGAGAGAAAGAAAGAGAGAGGGAGAGAGAGCAAGGGAGAGGGCUUACUUAUAUGUUUAGAAUUGAGCAGGCUCUCUGUGCAUCACUUCAGGCAGCGUGUUGUCCCCGUGUCAAUCUCUUUCAGUGCCUCAGUGAGCCUCAGUGAAGAGGUCUCCCGAUAUCUCUUCAUCUCCUCCCUCCCCGUUCAAGCAGUGACAGGAACAUGCUUCAUCUGUUUUUCUGUGUGUUUGGAUUGUUAGCUUUGGUCCCAGCGUCACUGCAGGGACCACACCAGCGGUACUUGUUGAAAGAGCUACUGAAGGACUACAAUCCCAUGGAGAGGCCAGUGGCAAAUGAUACUCUCCCUAUUACCGUCAACCUGUCCAUGAUCCUCAUACAGAUUAUGGAUGUGGAUGAGAAGAAUCAGGUUCUCACCACCAAUAUGUGGCUCCAGAUGCACUGGUAUGACCACUAUCUCCAGUGGAACCAGUCAGAAUAUCCUGGGGUGAAGAACCUGAGAUUCACCACUGAUCAGGUGUGGACACCUGACAUCCUUCUGUACAACAGUGCUGACGACAAGUUUGACUCCACCUUCAAGACUAAUGUGCUAGUUAACUCCAGCGGCUUCUGCCAGUAUCUGCCACCUGGAAUCUUCAUGAGCACUUGUAACGUGGACGUCCGCUGGUUCCCAUUUGACAUUCAGAGGUGCGAGCUUAAGUUUGGAUCCUGGACCUUUGACGGCUGGCUGCUGGACCUGCAGAUGAACGAGGCUGACAUUUCGGGCUACAUGGCGAACGGGGAGUGGGAUCUAGUUGGGGUUCCAGGUAACCGGAACGUCGUGUUUUACGACUGUUGCAAGGAGCCAUACCCUGACGUGACGUUCAUCAUAACCAUCCGGCGGCGCACACUGUACUACGCCCUCAACCUGCUGAUCCCAUGUGUGCUGCUGUCCUCCAUGACCCUGCUCAUCUUCCUGCUUCCGGCCAACUCCGGGGAGAAGAUCUCUUUGGGAAUUACAGUGCUUCUCUCUCUCACCGUGUUCAUGCUGCUUGUUGCGGAGAUCAUGCCGGCCACCUCAGACUCCAUACCACUGAUAGGGCAGUACUUCGCCAGCACCAUGGUGAUUGUGGGCAUGUCGGUGGUGGCGACCGUGGUGGUGCUGCAGUACCACCACCAUGACCCUAACGGAACGGACAUGCCUCAGUGGGUGCAAGUGAUCCUGUUCCAGUGGGUUGCGUGGUUCUUGCGGAUGAAGCGCCCAGGAGACAGUGGGAACCCCAACAGCCGCACAUGCGCCACCAACCUACGGCGCUGCUCCUCCGGUUCACAGAGCAGGAGCAUCCCCAACCCCCCCGACCCCUCCCUUCACCCCAUGCAUACCCAGAACCUCCCCCAGGCCCAUAAUUCCCUCUCCCACCUGCACAGCCAGUCCAGUACGAACAACAAUGGCAACCUGCUCUACAUCAGCUUCCAGAACCUGGACGACCCCCCCCUGCUAACCGAGCAGGCCCAGAGGAUCGGCACAGUCACGCGGAAAGGAGGUUCUGGAAGCAUGGCCAGCAGUCCACCUCCACAUAUACCUCCGCAGUUCAGCAAUCCCCCUACUGCAGCCUCAAACCUUGACACCUUGGGCUGCUCCAGCACCAUCUCCAGCAGCUUUGGUCUGGGGGCAGCAACUGGCUGCCUUGGGGUGUCCUCGCCCACAAUGGGGGACCCCCGCCUCCAAGCUAUCCUGGAGGAAGUGCGCUUUUUGGCCGACCGCUACAGGGAGCAGAGCGAGAGCGAGGUGGUGGUGGACCAGUGGAGAUUUGCCGCCGCUGUCAUCGACCGCCUCUGCUUGGUGGCUUUCAGCGUCUUCAACAUCAUCUGCACCAUCUCCAUCCUGAUGUCUGCCCCAAACUUUGUGGAGGCAGUGUCUAAGGACUUUGUCUGACUGAAAAGGGGACAGAAAUGCUGCAGCUCACAGCGGAACAGGAAGAGCAAAUAAGUGUCGUUGGAUAUGUGCGUGGGGGGGAUAAAGCAAAGAAAAGAAAACUGAGAAGAGCAGGAAGGACUAAAUUAUCCUGGAACUGAUUCAAAACAGACAGAGGGGUUAAAUUCCUACUUCUUAUUCAUAUUAUGAAAAGACUUCAAAUGUCAUGCAAUUCAUUCAUGUAAUGGGUGAAGACAAAAUGAUCUUCCACUUGAUCCAUUCAAUAGAUGUGGCAAAGAAAUACAUCCUCUACUUGAUCAACCCAAUCAGAGGAACCUUGCAGUCCUGACAGGGGCUACGUGUCCAGUCAACAAGAGCAUUUGUUAGGUUUCAGAAAACCUGCAUGAUUGUGUUUAAGAAUCAGUACCCUGACGUACCUCCAGUGACUGAUUCAGCUGUAUUGGAUUGUGUGAGAAAAUUUCUGCAGCUAGACAGCAUUUGAGAAUUAAGUCAAUCAUCUUUUUUCAAAGGAAAAUUCUUUUGCAAUUGCUUGUUUUUGAGAAACAAACUCCUCCAAUGGCAUCCAAAAAUAAAUACCAUUUUUGCAA